GCGAGCGGCGGGAAUGGCGGGCGAGCUGAGCGCGGAGGCGGCGCGGGAGAUCCGCCAGCUGGAGAAAUCCAAGGAGAAAUCGCGGCGGGUCGGGAACGUGGCCGAGGAGGCGGCGGCGUGCAACCGCAUGGGGGAGAUCCUGGCUGCAAAUGGCCGUUUCCAGGCGGCCCUGGCCCAGCACCGGGAGGAGCUGCAGCUCCUGCAGGGCUCCGGGGACGCCCUGGGCUGCGCCGUCGCUCACCGCAAGGUCGGGGAGCGCCUGGCUGAGCUGCGCUGCUUCCCUCAGGCUCUGCAGCACCAGCUGCAGCACCUGUCCCUGGUGCGCUCCCUCAGCGACCCUGUGGAGCA